AUGUUGACUCACACAAUUUCUAAAUCCAUCUCUAUAGUAACCAUUCUAGUACUUCUCCAAGCUUUAUGUUACACAACAAAGGCUCAAAACUGCGGUUGUUCUUCAGACCUAUGUUGUAGUCAGUUUGGAUUCUGCGGUAACACUUCAGACUAUUGUGGUGUAGGUUGUCAACAAGGACCUUGUUUUGCUCCUCCUCCUGCGAAUGAUGUCUCGGUCGCUGAGAUUGUCACUCAAGAUUUCUUCAACGGAAUCAUAAGCCAAGCCGAGUCUAGCUGCGCAGGCAUUAGAUUUUACAGCCGAGGAGCGUUUCUUGAAGCCUUAGAGUCAUAUUCUCGUUUCGGUAGGAUCGGAUCCGCCGAUGAUUCUAGGCGUGAGAUCGCUUCCUUCUUUGCCCAUGUCACGCAUGAAACUGGUCAUUUCUGUUAUGUAGAAGAGAUUGAUGGAGCAUCAAAGGACUACUGCGACGAGAAUGCAACGCAAUAUCCGUGCAAUCCUAACAAAGGCUACUACGGUCGUGGACCGAUCCAACUCUCUUGGAAUUUCAACUACGGACCAGCCGGGACCGCAAUUGGUUUCGACGGCCUUAAUGCACCAGAAACAGUAGCCACGGACCCGGUUAUCUCCUUCAAGACCGCUUUAUGGUACUGGACCAAUAGGGUUCAACCGGUUAUCUCUCAAGGCUUUGGUGCAACAAUCCGCGCCAUUAACGGCGCUUUGGAGUGCGAUGGUGCCAACACAGCCACCGUUCAAGCUAGAGUUCGCUACUAUACCGAUUAUUGUCGUCAACUUGGCGUUGAUCCUGGCAACAACCUCACUUGCUAA